AUGACGGUGUUCAUUGCUUCUCUUUUCCUCCCCAAAACGGUCCAGUUCGACGUCCCGGUCACCAAUCACCGGAGUGCAUGGUCCGAGAAGAAGUAUCCGUUCAGCACGAAACCCGCAAAGCCAAGCCCAUUGGAGCAACCUCCCAGCUUGUUCCAACCAACCAAUAUCACCCCCCCAGAGACACCUACCGACGAGAAGAAGCGUGACAAUCCUUUCGCCAAUGAAGAUGGCCUUAGGGUCCACAUUCCCCUGUCCGAGUCGAGUACAGAUAGCAUCGAUGGUCCGGCUGAUAGGAGCUCCCCGACAUGGGGUGGUCGGCCUGACCAACCUAUGUCACGCGCCAACUCCCCCCCACCGCCCUCGAUAGUGGACAAGGGUAGACUCCUGCAGCAAGCAAUUGGUCGCCAAAGUUUCCUCAAGACUCGCGCAGCCCGGAGCGGUAGCCACGACCGGGUCUUCGAGUCUGCAAAUUGGAGGAUUGUCAACGCUGAUCAAGGCAAUGGUGGUUUGAGGAAUGCUGCAUUGGCCGCAGCGCGCGAAGGUUUUACCGGUGAUUACAUCUGGGUUGGCACUCUGGGCAUGCCUAUUGAUGCCCUGCAGGGUACUCAACAGCUACAAGAUAUCGAGGAUAAGCUGGCAACCGAGCAUGACAUGCUGGCAGUCCUGCCCUCUGAUAAGGACUUCAACGGUCACUAUCUGCACUACUGCAAGCAAAUUCUGUGGCCGGUCUUUCACUACCAGCUUCCAGAUAACCCCAAGAGCAAGGCCUACGAGGAUCACUCGUGGAAGUACUAUGUCAACGUGAACCAAGCGUUCGCCGACAAGAUCGUCAAGAAUUGGAAGCGAGGCGAUACCAUCUGGGUCCACGACUAUCACCUCCUUCUCCUUCCUGCUAUGAUUCGCAAGAAGUUGCCAGAUGCCAAGAUUGGUUUCUUCCUUCAUGUCGCCUUCCCGUCGUCCGAGAUUUUCAGGUGUCUUGCUACACGCAAGGAUUUACUCGAGGGCAUGCUGGGUGCUAAUUUGAUCGGAUUCCAGAUCCAUGAGUACACAAGACACUUCCUUCAAACCUGCAGCAGGCUUCUGAAUGCGGAGGCCACUCCAGAUGGGCUGCAGCUUGAGGAUCGUUUCGUCGAUGUAUUCAAUUUACCCAUUGGAAUCGAUCCUGUCAGUUUGGAUCAGCACCGCCAGGAGCCCAAAGUUCAGGAAUGGCUCGAGGUCUUGCGCAAGAAGUUCCAGGGCAAAAAGGUCAUUGUUGCUCGUGACAAGCUUGACCAUGUUCGGGGCAUCAAGCAAAAGCUCCAAGCUUUCGAGAUCUUCCUGACUCAGCAUCCAGAAUGGCGUACCAAAAUGGUUCUGUUCCAGGUCGCCCUUUCUUCUGGAGAAAAGAGCGAGCUUGACAAGACUGUCUCUGACAUCGUGACCCGUGUAAACUCAUCACAUGCAAACCUGGCACACCAGCCCUUGGUUUACCUCAAGCAAGAUAUCGAUUAUGCGCAGUAUCUUGCGCUGAUGAGCAUUGCAGACGGCUUGAUGAUCACGAGCCAGCGUGAGGGUAUGAAUUUAACUUCUCACGAAUUUGUAUUCUGUCAGGACGGCAAAAUCUGCGAGAAGAAGCAUGGUGUGCUCCUCCUUUCCGAGUUUACAGGUACCUCGUCAUUGUUUGGCGGCAAUGAGUUGUCGAUCAACCCGUGGGAUUACCGGGCCUGCGCGGACGCAAUCAUGAAGGCUGUCACCAUGAACGAGGAGGAGAAGGAGGCUCGCUGGACAAAGCUGUCUGAGGCUGUCAAACGCCACACCGGUGCGCAUUGGUUUACUGAAUUGAUGACGCGUUUGGACCGUGUGUACGAAGAACAGCAGCGCCGCGAUCAGACAUCGGUCCCCCGUCUUUCUCUUCAUCAUCUCGUUCAGCAGUACAGUCGCAGCCAGCGGCGCCUCUUUAUCCUUGAUUUCGAGGGCACAUUGGUUAGCUGGGGCCCGGUUAACCAGAUUAUUCCAGUGAGCCCCCAGCGUACUCUUGAUGUGCUCAAUGAUCUUCUUAUUGAUGAGCGUAACACAAUCUAUGUCAUGUCGGGUCGUCGUCCCGAAGAGCUUGACCGCCUCUUCCGUCGUGUCCCCAACCUUGGUUUGAUUGCUGAGAACGGUUGCUUCCUCAAAGACUGUGGCAGUUCCACAUGGACCGAAAUGGCCGACCCAGAGCAGAUCCGUACCUGGAAAGAGCAAGUCAGGGGUAUUCUGACAUACUACCUUGAACGCACACCUGGCGCUGAAAUCGAGGAUCGCCGUUGCUCUUUGAUCUUUCACUAUAAAUCGGCGGAGGAUUACGAGUCAGCCAUGAGGCAAGCCAAUGACUGCGCCAGCCAUAUCAACGACGCCUGUGAGGAACAGCGCGUGCACGCGAUUCCGCUGGAUGGCUGCGUGCUGGUCGAGCCAAUCGACUGGACCAAGAGCACUGCCGCGCAAAAGAUCUUUGAUGACCUGCGCACUAAGAUGGGCCCCGAUGAGCAACACGAGUCGCCGGUCGAUUUCCUCAUGGUAGUUGGCGAUGGACGUGACGACGAGAAGGUAUUCCGCUGGGCCAAUACGCUAGGUAAGGAGGGCGUUGUCAAAGAGGUCGUCACGGUCACUCUCGGCACCAGGAAUACCGAGGCCACGGCCACACUGACUCAGGGCGUUAGCGGCGUCCUGCUGGCCCUCCAGAAACUAGCAAGCAUGGCGUAA